AGCGAACGACUUGCAGUGCGUUGUUACGUUACGUAAAUCUCUUUGGUUACGUUACGUAUCUAUCAGAAAGCAGGAAGUGUGAUGUGGCUUUAACUCAGAACAAAAAUGUCGGCCAUUUUCAACUUCCAGUCACUUUUAACAGUGAUUCUCCUCCUGAUCUGUACCUGUGCCUACAUCAGAGCGCUGGCCCCCAGCCUGAUAGACAAGAACAAGACUGGGCUUCUAGGAAUUUUCUGGAAGUGUGCCAGAAUAGGUGAGCGGAAGAGUCCCUGGGUGGCUUGCUGCUGCGUCGUCAUGGCUUUUAGUAUACUGUUUCAACAGUAGCGGUCCCAAAUAAAAACCACAAAUGGAAACAUUGUGGGAAAUGCACAGACAUGGACAGUAAGAUCCUAGAAGCACAACAGGACCUUCAGUGAUUGUCACUUAGAUAAUGUAAAAACGGACAGCCGUCACCACUCCCCGGAGCCACGGAGGGAGAAAAUGUGUCUUGUGUGGGGGGAGGGGUCAGCUGAUAGCUCCAGGGUGUGUCUAGAUCCCUCCACGGAUUUCCAGGUCUGUCCUUGUGUUUGCUAAUGUGGAAUGUUUACUCCGUGUGUGUGUGUGUGUGUGUGUGUG